GGUUUUGCGCGUGGGGCCUGUGAGCACUGGUUUCUCAGUGGUCGCGCCUUCCUCGCCCUCCGAUUGGGCCUACUUCCGCAGCCUGCCGCAAGGGAUCAACCUCCGACUAACUCCGCUGCCAUCAACCAGCGUCUAUAAAAUACGCCUCGCCGUCACGAUGCGCACCAGAGAUAUAAUCGCCGUGAGCGUUGUACUUGGCUUCUCCUUCCUAUCCGCCAUGGUUCUCGUCGCAAGAUUCCUCUGGGUCCAUAAAUCGACCAAGGACCAAUCAGACACGCCUAGCGAAUACUCGGUCGACGCCGUACCACCUCACAACUCCCUCCUUUCGCGAGAUCGCGCGUUGCUGCGAUUGUUUACACCAAAGCGCAACCGUGGACAAUGGGUUCCGACCCUGUCGGGCAUCAUCAAGGCGGGAGACGAAGGCGUAUACUCCUCGGCCCUGUUCGACGGUCUGCAUUCGCAUCUCGGUCGUCUUCCUCUCGAAACCCUAUACGAUGCGUUCGCCAACGAGCUACGGAGGCGGCCGAUGGCUGAGCGAUCUUCAUACCCCAGCGAGAUUUCCAAAUUCCUGGCAGCGACAAGACAUCCGCAGCGAAGACGGUCUCUACGGACAGGGAAGCUUGGGCGGCCGGAAUUACCACCGCGGCCGCAGCGAAACUCGAUUGACUUGGCAGAGAUGGGACUAAAUCGGGCGCGGUCGAGAAGGACGUCUCCAGUCCUCAUCUCCACAUUCAACAGCUUACCGUCAGAGUCGGAAAAUCAGACCCCAGUGCACGAACUGUGGGCGGACGGACUCCAACAUGCGCAAUACUUCGAGGGAAGAACAGGCAUCACGGUGACUGCAGCGGAGCUCUCUGCGCUGUCAAUCAUCCUAGGAAGCGCGCUCCAAAUCGAACUUUUCCAGGACCUCAAAGAUAACGAGAAGCCCGAACACCGGUCGUCCUUGGGCAAGGGCGCCUUCGGUAUCUCCAUCUCCGGCGCGCCCACGGAUGACGGAAACUACCACAUAUCACUUACGCAACACAAGCGCAGUGUCUCCCAGCUCCCCGCCAGAGGAUCUGGAUACUCAACCCUUCACGCCAAACAUCUCGCCUCCGGCUUCCUCCCCUUCUCGCAGGACAGAAAGACCGUCAGCUCCAUCCUAAUCACCAACGCCACGCUCGAAACGCUCAGGUCAGGCACAUGCCUGCACCUCCAAAAAAACACCCCACAGACCCCAGGCUCGAGGUUCCUCACUACCCUCCCCAACUCCAAAGAACCCAAUUUCCACGUCCUCAGCCCAGCACCCGCGUCCACCUCCACACCACCCCUGCUCCACGCCAUCGCCGCCCUCCCCUUCACCGGAGGCCUGGCACCUCUCGCCACCACGCCUCUCAUCAACACCGUCCGCUUCGUCGCCUCAGGCGGUCUCCCGCCAGGCCGCCUCCUCCAGCGUCUCGAAGCCCUCGUCGACAAGGUGCACCGGCAGGCCCCCAGUCUGCAGCUCUUCGGCGCCUUGCUCGAAGACAGCAACGCGGGGAUCCUAUUCCGCGAGCGCGAACGCCUCGGCAAGCUUGCUGCUGGCGGCAGCAUUAAUGAAGCGUUAGCAGAUAAAGUCGCGCGGAUGCACCGGUACACGACGCUCUUAGAACGGCUCACGUGCCUCGUGCCGGACAUGAAGCCGCACGACGCGCUCGCCGCGGUUAGGGAAGCCACGAAGCAACAAAUCGAGCGCGCGUACGAGGACGCCGUAGCUGCCUACUCCCUCCAAAAAGACACCGAGUCCUGGUCCACUACCUCUACUACGACGCCAGACUCGAAACGCCUCUCCAGAGCCUCAAACCGCGGCAGCGUUCGCCGCUCCAACAAGCGCUCCAGCACGUCGUCAGAUAAUAUUACGCCCUCCACGCCAGCCUCACCCGCGAGCCUCACGUCGCCCCGGCCGUCGUCUACAUUCGCCCGCCCGAGUCUAGGCACCCUCGUCGAGCAGGUGCUGAAGGCUAGUCUGCCGCUCGAUGUCGAGACCGUGGCGCUGGUCGCGCGGAUGGUGCUUGUGGCGUGGACGUUUAGCGUGGACGGUGUUGCCUGGGAGAAGGACGAGGAGGGGUGGAGAGUCCCUGAUUUGGGCAACACGGGGCUGGAGAAGAUGUAUAUGUGGUAGGAGGUGACGAUUAUUUUGAUGCGGCGUUGGGGAGGGUUGAAUUUUUUUGCGCGAGGCGAGAUACCAUUUCUUCCAGGAGGGAGACAGACAGACAGCAUGCAUAUGAUAAUUUGGCAAUAGCAAUGGCAGUAGCAACGAUUCGAAUACCAACCAACCAAUAA